AUGGACAUUACUUGGAGAGACUCUGCCACCAAAGAGGCCUACGAAGAGGCGCGCGUCGGCCGCGUGUUCAAUCACCGCCGCCCGUCACGAUUCCCCCUCGCCGUUGUGAAGGCCACCAGUGAAGAUGAUAUCGUCAAGGCAGUGAAGAUGGCGGGGGACAUGAAGUGUCGUGUCGCAGUCCGGUCGGGUGGACAUUCCUGGGCUGCUUGGAGUGUGCGCGACAAUUCCAUUCUGAUCGAUCUCGGUAAUUACAAGCACAUGGAGGUCGAUGCUUGGAAUCGCACUGCCAGAGCCACGCCUAGUAUGACUGGCCGCGAGAUCAAUGAUGUUCUGGUCAAGCAGCAUGGGCUGAUGUUCCCGGGUGGUCAUUGUCCAGAUGUCGGCCUCGGUGGAUUCUUGCUUCAAGGUGGUAUGGGUUGGAAUUGCCGGAACUGGGGAUGGGCAGCCGAGAGAGUUCUGGGCGUGGAUGUCGUUACAGCCGAGGGCGAGUUGAUCCAUUGCAAUGCAACACAGAAUCAGGAUCUGUAUUGGGCGGCUAGAGGAGCUGGUCCAGGCUUCCCGGGCGUUGUCACCAAGUUCCACCUGAGCUUGAACGAGUACCCUAAGAAAGGUGGCUUCAGAUCUUCUGGCUACGUCUACCCCAUCAGUCAAUACCGAAAGGCCUUUGACUGGAUUCUCUCAAUCACCGAGACCUUCGACAACGACACAGAAAUCGCCGUGAUCUCAAACUACCCCGAAGGCUCCAACGAAAUCCACUUCUUCAUCCUGUUGGUUGUCAUGAAAAACACACCCGAGGAGGCAGAGAAGGCACUCCGCCCAGCACAGGACACUCGACCCACCGGCUUCGUUGCCGAAUGGUUCAGCAAGGAAGACAGUCUCGAGGAACAAUACAAAAAUCAGGGAACCGCCAACCCGGAAAAGCACCGCUACUGUGCCGAGAACGCAUACAUCAACAAUGACGCCGAUGUGCCCGCUGUCCUGGAAGAGGCAUUCACCACCCUGCCUGACAAGAAAGCAUUUGCGUUGUGGUAUCCCAUGAACCCCUGCAGUCGCCGGAAGCUUCCCGACAUGGCUCUCAGCAUGCAGUCCGAUCACUACUUUGCCCUCUAUACGGUUUGGGAGAAUGCAUCCGACGACGUGCGGUGCCAGGCCUGGGUGAAGAAUGUGAUGAAGAAGGUUGAGCGACAGUCGGUCGGCGCAUACCUGGGUGAUUCGGACUUCCAAGUGCGCCGAACUAAGUUCUGGGCCGAUGACAAUGCGAAGCGACUUAUGAAUGUUCGCCGCAAGUGGGAUCCCAAGGGCCGGAUCUGUGGAUACUUGGAUCAGAAUGAUAAGUCCGGACCCGCUGGCCUCGAAAACACUUUUGAGUGGAAGCUGUGA